AUGGCAUUCCAACCAUACACACCCAAGCCAGUCACCGACAUCUUCACACACGACACCGACAUCAACCGACGAGAAUGCCGCCGUGUGGUACCCAUGAGAGUGCUCGCCCUGGGUCUUGGGCGGACAGGUACUGCUUCACUUAGGACGGCAUUAAAGGAUCUUGGCUUCAGCGACUGCUACCAUAUGAUGUCUGCAUCCGUCGAGAACCCGCCCGACUGCCUUAUGUGGUCCGACGCGCUGGCUUCAAAGUACGACGGCAAGGGAAAGUUCGGACGUGAUCAGUGGGAUCAAUUGACGGGUCACUGCCAGGCAAUUUGCGACUGGCCCGCAGUUGCCUUUGCGAAGGAGCUCAUUGAGGCGUAUCCAGAAGCCAAGGUCAUCAUCACGACUCGCGAUGUCGACAGCUGGCACGCAAGCACAAUGAAGACUGUCCACUGGCGAGCCACCGAGCCUGAACUCAAGCUAGUGUCCAAGUUUGACUGGGGAGCUGGCCUCUACCAGCCAAUGCUGUCAAAGUUCUGGACUGAAUUUUGGGAGGGCGACUUCGAGAAGAAUGGCAAGCGCCGAUUCAACGAGUACUACGAUGAAGUUCGGUCCCUGGUUCCCAAGGAGAACCUGCUCGAGUACAAGAUGGGUGAGGGCUGGAAGCCACUUUGCGACUUCCUCGAGGUGCCCGUGCCAGAAGGCAAGAAGUUUCCUCGCACCAACGACACGGACGGUUUCGUUGACCGCUGCCGCAAGAGGAACCGCAUGCAGAUGAUGAAUGUGCUCUUCCGCGCGACUGUGGUUGGCGGCUCCUUUGCAGCAAUCAUAUUCGGUGCCAGCAUGACCAUUCGCAGAUUUUUCGGCAGCCGCGGCUCCCUGCUGUCAUGA